AAAAUCCACCUGCCCCCUCCCAGUCCCACGCAGGCCCCAAGCCCAAGCCUCUCCGCCUCCGCCAGUACGCCUCCAUGGACGCGUACCAGCACCAGCGACGCUUCGCCGGCGCCGGCGACGCACCGCCGCCGCCACCUCACCCCUCCCACCCGAGCGCCCAGUGGUACCCGGCGCCCCCACCGCCGUACCCUCCUCCCCACCCAGGACACCCCUACCCUCCGCAGCACCACCACCAGUGGGGCCCGCCCCCCGACCUGCAGCACCAGCACCAUCCGCCGCUGCCGCCGCAGCAGCAGCCCUACGCGUACCAACCGCCGCCCCCGCCCAUGGCGAUGCAGCAGCAGCCGCCCCCGCCGCCUGGGAACCCCUGGCCCUCUCACCACGGCGCCGGACAGCACCCGCCGCCUAGCUACCCUCCUCCGCCGCCUGGGCAGGCUUGGACUAAUCACUCAUGGGCUCAGAAUCAUGGAUACCAAGGUCAUGGCAAUGAGGAAGAUUGGGCUACAAAGGCUAAGGCAUGGGUUGCUGCUAAAUCUGUUACGGGAAACCACCAGAUUCAACAGCAUGCCAUAUCCACAAGUAGAACUGAAGGUCAUCAUAAUGGUUACCAUGAUCAGUAUCAGCAACCAGCUGGUCUGCCAACAGAAGUUACAGAAUCUUUGCACCCACCAGUACCUCAAUCAAGUAAUGAUCAUGUGCCGUUUCCAAUGACAGGUCAACAGAGAGAAACGAACCAUUUAUUAGAUAGAGGUCCAAUGGUGUCUCCAGCAAAGAACUUUGGUUCAUUUCCGUCCACCUAUGAGCAGGAGGUAUCUUAUAAUUAUUCUUCUGCUCCAGGUAAUGGGAAUAAUAUGCUUCAAUAUCCAAACUCUCAAGCACAGUCGUUUCCAACCACCUCGUCUGUUCAAGGUGGAUUCCCACAGGCUCCCCCUAGUAUGCCUGUUGUUCCCUUGGCAGAAAAGCCUCCUUUUGGGCAUGAAAGGCUGCCAGUUGAUCCAAGUGACCAACCUUUGGAAUUUAACAGUAGGAAAGCUCCUGAUUUGGCAGUACAUACAAAUGUCAAUUCCAAUAUCCCAGCUGCUCCAACACUAGCAUCUAAUCAUGAUGUAGCUGCAACCUCUACACAUUCAUGGACGCCGUCUGCUACAGUAGGGUUCCUGCCUCGAGCUCCCGUGCCAGCACAAACAGCACAGAUGGAUCCUUCUGUGCAUGCUGCACCGCUUUUUGGAGCAGCAUCUAGUUCUAGUUAUGUCCCACCUGCAGCAUUUGGUGUUGGUAGUGUAACAGAAGUGUUCCCUACAGAUCCAAACACUCCUUUUAGUGUUGCAGAAAAAUCAAAGAAACGUCCAGUACCUAACUGGCUUCGGGAAGAACUUUUAAAGAAAAAAUCGGCACCACUGAGUGCUUCGGCGCAAUACUCAGAAAACUUAAAUUCCAUGGAAGCUAAUGAUGCAGAACAAACGAUAGGAAGACCUGACCAAAGUGACAGCAAAAGUAAUGAUUUGGCUAAAUCCACUGAAGACGAUGAAGAUGAUGAGGAUGAAAUUGAAGCAGCUCGAAUGGCAGCGAUCAACAAGGAAAUUAAGCGUGUGUUGACUGAAGUCCUUUUGAAGGUUACUGAUGAUCUUUUUGAUGAGAUCGCAACAAAAGUUCUGAAUGAAGAUGACUCAGCUGAAUCCAAUGAACCCGCUGGUGUUUUUGGCUCAAAGGAGCCUGGUCUUGGAGGAUCAAGAACCAAGACCUCGGCUAAAGUUGUUCUCCCUGCUAAGUCAACCAAUAGCACUGAUCAUAAAGAUAGUACUGGGUUAAGCUCCCCUAAAGGUGCUCUUCUCGGCCUGGCUAGUUAUGAUUCAGAUGAUGACGAUGACGAUGACGAUGACAACGAUGCUGAGGCUGAUGGCAAGGAUAAGAUACCAAUAUCAAAUUUAUCUUCUAACGCUAAUGCUGGUGCUGUAAAUACUGAAGUUUUAGGUGAUAAAAGCACUCUUGGUAAAAGAAAUGGGAAUAGUAAUGAACAGAAUUCUUCACUUGGAAGUGCUCCAUCAGGGGAAGAUCUUAAAUCUAAUAACCGAAACUUCCAAAGGAGUGUGAAUGCAGAACCUGAAGAAAAGCAUAUUCGUGAUACAGAGAAUGGAGAGUUUCGUUUCACGGCCAAAACUCAUACUGAGCCAAAGGGUGCAGUUGGCAGAUUGGAUGAGAAGGCACAUAAGUAUGCAGAGGUAGAUAUCCAAAACAGAAAAACCUCUUCUGGCAAUAAUGCUGAAAAGCACAAUAAUUUGGAAAGCAGUCACAGGCACUUAGAAAAGAGUAGCAAAGAAGACUUUGUUAAUGAGGUGAAGACUUAUCAUACCAAAGAACUCGAAUAUUCUAGAGCAGAAAAAUAUAAUAACAAUGACAAACACAGCAUGUAUGGAAAUAUUGACAAAAGGAGUAGCUUCAAGGAGGGAAAAGGUUCUGGUAGGGCUGCAAAGCAUGAAUCUGAUACAAGGGAGCCGCAUUACAGAGGUAAGCAUGAUGGUGCAAAGGGAGAUCAGAAGGAUUAUCCGAAUGAUAGAGAGAGAAACAGAGAUACUACUGAUAGAAGAGGGGGGAAAGGAAAAGAGGAAAAGGACGACAGAUCAAGGCAGACGACAAGUCAUAACAGUAGAAGUUCACGGUCACGAUCACCGAGGGGGAGAAGUCGUACUACCAAGGAGAACUCACAUGUUCGAGGGAGUGUUUCAAGUGAAGAGCCUUCUGAUAGUCUGAAAAAGAGAAAGCAUCAUUCCCGUAGAACCAGCAUGUCACCUUCACCCCCAAAAUCUAGAAACAGACGAAUUUCGCGGUCUCCACAUAGCAAGCAUUCUCACCGCAGGCAUUCGCCUUAUUCAUCUGCUGACAGGAAGAGGCGGUCGAGAUCGAGAACUCCGGUUAAAAGGAGAUAGAAGACAUGGACCUUAUGCCUAGGCAUUCCUCUGAAACAACCGAAGACAUAUUUGCAGUACUGCUGCAGGGUCGGUUCCAAUAAAGGGACAUGGGUGUACACAUACAUGUAGACCCAAUAUUGGUUCACUCCUGCACUUCAGAUGCCUGAAAAAGAGUGAUAUGUAUGAUCUGUAGCAGAGACGCCGAUCGGCCUCUGCAUGGAAUAUGGAUUAUCUGUUGCAAAAUUUGUGAUCUGUUAAUUUGUUUAUCAUAACAUACUAAUUUUUUCCCUUGUUUGACUAUAUAAAAAUAAUUGUAAGUUAA